CCAAGGAGGCGGGGGAGGGAGAGGGGGUGGCGUCCCCGGCCGGUUUGAGGGGUGCGUUGCCCGGAGACGGAAAGUUUGGGAGCCGCAGCAGGCUCUGCGUGGCCCCGGGUGGGGGUCCGAGGAGCGGCGGCCCUGGGGAUGGGGAAGGAGCAGGAGCUGCUGGAGGCGGCCCGCACCGGGCACCUCCCGGCCGUGGAGAAGCUGCUGUCCGGGAAGCGGCUCUCCUCCGGCUUCGGCGGCGGCGGCAGCGGCGGCUCCGGCGGCGGCGGCGGCUCCGGGGGCGGCGGCCUGGGCUCUUCCAGCCACCCGCUCUCCAGUCUGCUGAGCAUGUGGAGGGGGCCGAAUGUGAAUUGCGUAGACAGCACCGGCUACACGCCGCUCCACCACGCUGCGCUGAAUGGCCACAGGGAUGUGGUUGAGGUCCUGCUGAGGAACGACGCGCUGACCAAUGUUGCUGACUCGAAAGGCUGCUACCCGCUGCACUUGGCAGCAUGGAAAGGAGACGCCCAGAUAGUGCGCUUGCUCAUCCACCAAGGGCCCUCGCACACCAGAGUCAAUGAACAGAAUGCUCUUGAGAUCAAAGAACUCAAAAAGUACGGCCCCUUUGACCCUUAUAUCAAUGCCAAGAACAACGACAAUGAGACUGCCCUGCACUGUGCAGCACAGUAUGGCCACACGGAGGUCGUGAAGGCUCUGUUGGAGGAGCUCACAGACCCCACCAUGCGCAACAACAAGUUCGAAACACCUCUGGACUUGGCAGCGCUCUACGGGCGGCUGGAGGUGGUGAAGAUGCUGCUGAGCGCGCACCCCAACCUCCUGAGCUGCAGCACUAGGAAGCACACCCCCUUACACUUGGCCGCGAGGAAUGGCCACAAGGCCGUGGUGCAGGUCCUGCUGGACGCCGGCAUGGAUAGCAACUACCAGACGGAGAUGGGCAGCGCUUUGCAUGAGGCUGCUUUGUUUGGCAAGACCGAUGUGGUGCAAAUUCUGCUGGCUGCAGGAAUCGACGUUAACAUAAAGGACAGCCGUGGCCUCACUGCCCUCGACACUGUGCGUGACCUGCCUUCUCAGAAGAGCCAGCAGAUAGCAGCCCUGAUAGAAGAUCACAUGACUGGAAAAAGAAGCAUGAAAGAAGUAGAUAAGAGCGCCACAGCUCAGCUACCUCUCCUCUCCAGCACAGAUGCCACAGCACCAAAGUCUCAGGGGAGCGUGGAGAAAGCAGUCACUGAACUGAUCAUUGAUUUUGACACACGCGCUGAGGAGGAGGGUCCCUACGAGGCACUGUACAAUGCUGUGUCCUGUCACUCCUUGGACAGCACGGCCAGUGGGCGAUCAUCUGACCGAGAUUCCGUGAACAAGGAGACCGAGGCCACAGGAGCAAGAACUGCUGGAGUCAGGCCUAGGGAACGUCCACCGCCUCCAGCAAAGCCGCCACCUGAUGAAGAGGAAGAAGAACGCGUAGAUAAGAAGUAUUUGCCCUUGACAGCCUCUGAGGCCCUGGCUGUGAGACCCAGGACCCAGAGCGAUGUCUCCCGGGAAGAGGACGAGCACCCAUAUGAGCUGUUGCUCACAGCAGAGACCAAGAAGCUGGGGGCCACAGACGGAAAGACUAAAGACCACAGGCGGAGCAGCGGCAGCCGGAGCCAGGACUCUGUGGAGGGGCAGGACGGGCAGGUCCCGGAGCAGUUCUCAGGUCUCCUACACGGCUCCUCCCCAGUGUGUGAGGUGGGGCAGGACCCUUUCCAGCUGCUUACUGCCCCCAGCCAGAACCACCCAGAGUCCCCCCAGCAGGACGCCUGCCACGAGGCCAGCAUGCAGCUAGAGGAGCCGGGCAUGCAAGGCACUGGAAACCCACAGCCCGGCGUCCUGGACCAAAGCAAGAGAGUGGGCUUCCCAGCAGGCCUGAGUGCGGCAGCCGGCCGAGCACACCUCCAGACUCUGACUCACACAGUCGCUCUGCACCCUGCUGGGGCUGAGGAAGAGGAGGACAGGAGCGGGGCCAGAAGCCGAGCCCCUCCCACUAGCAAGCCCAAGGCUGAGCUUAAGCUCAGCCGCAGUUUGUCAAAGUCUGACUCUGACCUCCUGACCUGCUCUCCCACGGAGGACACCACGAUGGGGAGUCGCAGCGAGUCUUUGUCCAACUGCAGCCUCGGGAAGAAGAGACUGGAGAAGUCACCUUCGUUUGCCUCUGAGUGGGACGAGAUUGAGAAAAUCAUGAGCUCGAUUGGAGAAGGAAUUGACUUUUCUCAGGAACAGCAGAAGAUCUCAGGUUCUCGGACGCUGGAGCAGAGCGUCGGGGAGUGGCUGGAGUCAGUCGGCCUGCAGCAGUAUGAGAACAAGUUGCUGCUGAAUGGCUUUGAUGAUGUCCGCUUCCUGGGCUCCAAUGUGAUGGAAGAGCAAGACCUGAGGGAGAUUGGCAUCAGCGACCCACAGCACCGGCGGAAGCUGCUGCAGGCUGCACGCUCCCUGCCUAAGGUGAAGGCUCUUGGCUAUGAUGGGGUCAGUCCCCCCUCGGUGCCCUCCUGGUUGGACUCACUGGGGCUGCAGGAUUACAUCCAUUCCUUCCUGUCCAGCGGCUACAGCUCCAUCGACACUGUGAAGAACCUCUGGGAGCUGGAGCUUGUCAAUGUCCUGAAGGUUCACCUGCUGGGCCACCGUAAACGCAUCAUCGCCUCGCUUGCGGAAAGGCCCUAUGAGGAGCCACCCCAGAAGCCCCCGAGAUUUUCCCAGCUAAGAUGCCAGGACUUAAUCUCCCAGACGUCAUCCCCACUGAGCCAGAGUGACUCCUGCACAGGGCGGUCAGCAGAGCUGCUGCUGCCCUCGGCAGACACCAGCAGGAGGCGCCACGACAGCCCGUACGACCCUGGGGCAGCCUCUCGAGUAGAGCGCUUCAGAGUCCAGGAGGAGCCCAGUGAGACCAAGCUGACCCUCCGUCCGCCCAGCCUGGCUGCCCCCUAUGCCCCGGUGCAGAGCUGGCAGCACCAGCCAGAAAAACUCAUCUUUGAAUCCUGUGGUUAUGAGGCUAAUUAUCUGGGUUCCAUGCUGAUCAAAGAUCUGCGAGGGACAGAAUCCACACAAGAUGCCUGUGCCAAAAUGCGGAAGUCUACAGAGCACAUGAAGAAAGUCCCGACCAUCAUCCUGUCCAUCACAUACAAAGGGGUCAAGUUCAUCGACGCUUCCAACAAGAAUGUCAUUGCUGAGCAUGAGAUCCGGAACAUUUCUUGCGCUGCGCAGGACCCGGAGGACCUGUGUACCUUUGCCUACAUCACCAAGGACCUGCAGACGAGCCACCACUACUGCCACGUCUUCAGCACAGUGGAUGUGAACCUCACCUACGAGAUCAUCCUGACCCUGGGGCAGGCAUUUGAGGUGGCCUAUCAGCUGGCCCUUCAGGCCCAGAAAUCCAGGACGAUGGGGGCCUCUGCAGCUGCAGUGAUUGAAACAAAAUCUUCCAAACCGGUGCCUAAGCCUCGGGUCGGCGUGAGGAAGUCUGCAGUGCCGAUGCCCCCCGAUAGUCGCUGUUGUCACUGUCACACCUGCACCACCCACCGUCCUUCCUACCUACCGCUGCCGUCUCUUGGUCCUGGAGCCAAGCUGGAACCGCCUGACUCGGACCAGGAGGCCCCAUCCCACGCUAGUGUUUCCUGGAUUGUGGACCCAAAGCCAGACUCUAAGCGGAGCCUCAGCACCAAGUAUGAGACCACUAUCUUCUAAACAGCCACCCUGUCUCCACUACCCCACUGUGCCUUUGCCACCCGAUGGCUCUGCUGUCUCAGCUCUCCUUCCAGCUGCAUGGGACCUGCCCUCCUGGCAGCAGCUCUAGACACCUCCUCCCUCACAGCUCCUGCUUUCCACCACCCACACUGUGAACCUCCCUGUGGGCCGAGGACAACUAGGGCAGCUUCCAUCCGAGGGCCCCAAAGCCUUUGCACUAGGCCCUGGGAGGUGAGGAGUGGGGGUAGCUUCCACGGGGACCCCAGUAGCCUCCCCAAGGUUGCUCUCCUCUCCUGUCCAAUCCUGGGUCACAGCUGGAUGCCAAAAGCUACCAGUUUUCACCUUUCCUGACCCACCUACCACUGUGACCACCAGUGCCAGGCGCCCUGCACACAGCUGCUUUCUCACCUGGUCAGGCCCCGUGAUGUGGCUUCACCAGGGACAGACUUUCUGUAAGGGCCAAGGUUGGUACUGGCCACACCCUCGAGCACGUCCAAACAGUGGGUUCUUAGGGACCUGUGUGUGCUUGGCCCCUUUCUGUGCUGUGGGCCUGGCUCUGGAGUCCAGCUCACCGAGGGCAUGCCCUGCACACAAGUGCACCUUCUUCCUUCUCAGUUCCUUCUCAGAGUGGAGCUGCCUGCGCAGAGGGCGGAUACUGAGCAGCUUCUCUGGUGUCUGACAGCAUUCUCACACUCCCUGUGGUGGUAGGGACCUGAGACAGCCGUCAUCCAGCCAUCCCCACAGCUAGCAUCAUGGAGCUGUGGGAAGAUCAGUCUAGAUGGCAGGAGGCAGAAGAACUGAUGCCUGUGGCCUUGGUGCCAACAGUGUAGGACAGUGGAAGAGUCAGUCAGCGCUGAGCUGGGACCAGGGCUGGCCCUUCCACCGCCUGUCUUUGUGCCUUCCUGGACAGAUGGGCCAGGAGCAGCAGAGGGCUGUAGGCUGUGGAGGGCACUCCGCUCUGCUCCGCUCGGGGGAGGCAGGGACUUCUCUUCUGCUCUGUGUCCUUUCCAUUUCCUCCACCUUGCGCAGACUUUGGUUAACUCUUUCCUCCCCCGUUGUUUGCUUCUGCCAAGCUGAGCCACUGAGGAGCCACACUGUGCUGCAGAAACAGCCGUGGAAAGCACAGGCUCCUGCCCCCAGCACCGAGCCUCGUCGGCAGCUCUGAAGACCCAGGCCCAGCCCUGCCCGUAGGAUCUCCUUUCAGCGCUUGGUCUGGCAGAUCAAACCCAGUCAUGGAGGCAGAGAAGACACCAGGCGUCAAGCCGAGGGGACCAUAACUCUUGGUGGCCCAAGAGUGGCCUGUCCAGGACAUGUGUUUUUAAUAGGAAAACUUUUUUUUUUUUUUAUAAAUUUUUAACACUUGGUUCCAGUUUCUGGAUAAAGCUGUCGAUCAAGAUGACAGGAAAAGACCUCGUCCGUACAGCCCUCUGCCUUCAGGAUGGAGUCCCAGCCUGGGGGUGGCUUGGGGCAGAGCUGAGACUUCAAACUUUUGUUCCCAGCUCCUAGUCUAGAGCUAGGCUGGGGUGAUGACACUUGGGCCAGAGCAGAAGUUUCUGGGGUUCCAGUGGGGAUGAGCAAGUAGUUUCUGGUGUGGGGAACUCCUUGGUACUCUCCUGUCCAUGUUGGCACUGCCCACGGCAGCUGUGCCGUGUGUUGACAGGCUGCAGCAGCCAUGUCAGAAGGGAGAAGUGGCUUUGUCUGGAGCGCUAGUGGGAUUAUCAGCUAAGCUUGCAGCUUGCCAGCUUGGACCUUGGCUGGCCUCACUCUGGUUCUUUUUGACUGUUGUUUCCUCUUGCUGGACACAUCUGUUCCAGUUGUGGAAAAGGCUACGUCCAGUGACAGUCUUCCCGGCUGUGGUCUUGAGGAUAAGUGGUGUCCCUCGGACUCUUCUGCUAGCUUUGCUCUUUAGAGUGACGUGGGUGGCAGGCAUUCUCCUGGGCCUAAGGAACGAUGCGGAGCAGAGUACUGGGGGAUGGGGACAAGCCAGGCCAGCCACUCCCCAGCGUUUCUGGAGUAGAGAGCAAAGAGCAGCACUGAGCCCGUGGGUGCGGUCUCGGGGGCAGCAGGUCAGGCUCGUGCAGAUCUGUGACUGCAGUUGGGGCGUGUGCGUGGAGUGCUGCUGGGCGCCUCUUCCUCGUGGCUGCUCCUUGGGAAGCAGGGUUGACCUCUGCUAGGCCUGUGGGCUCUCUGUCCUCUCUGGGAAAGAAGCCAAUGGUCCUCCACUGCUAGGUACCGGCGACAGAACUUCCUUUCCCUGCCUCACACUCUCAGCCCUAGAAAGUUGCCCUCAGCUCCCACCUUGCAGGAAUCCUGCUCCCAGAGGUGAGCUCGGUGGUGGGCACGAAGCCUGGGGACACUGUAGACACUACGAUGAGCUCCAGCUGCAUUUUGUUCUAGAAAUCCCAGGCAGGCACUUCCCCUUGACGCUGCUAUGUCUUAUUUAUUCAGGGUGUUUCUACCAGAAAGUCUCUGGCUUGUCUGCUCUGGGGCUCCUUUCAAGAUUGGUUUCUGAAUAGUCAAGAAAUUCCUCUUCGACUCCUCGGGGUGGGUCUCUCCCUUUCAGGACAGAUGCCAAGUGGAAGGGUCUGCCUUUGGUACUUGUGCGAGUCAUGCCCUGUGGCAAGACCGAGGCUGUGAAGGAACCGUUCUGGUCAGAGUGGUAAAAUGUGCCCAGUGCUCUUGCUGCGGUGGCCGCAGGCCCCCUUCCUUGCCUCCCGGCCAGCUCACUACCCUGAGCAGGAGGCUCCGGCGGGCUCUGCCUCUGAGGUUGCCUAUUCAGGAGUUCUCCAGAAGCCUCGGGUUCGAGCACUCAGAACCCACGGCUGCAAUUGUCACAGUGUCUCACAGUCGGCUACGCUGCAGGUCACAGGAGUUGUUGCUCAUGGCGGACAGUGGGACUGGAUUGUAAGAAAAAUGUUAUUUAAUCUUUGUUUCCGUAUUUUGAUACUUGAAUGACUUCCCUUUUGUUUUACUGUACAUAAAAUUGUUAAUCUGUCCGA